CCAUUCUGAUAUAAAGGAAGUGAUAAAUGCCUGGAGCCCUGGAUGCCUAUUUGAAAACUCUGUGAGAUAGAUCACAUGCUGCAUUAGCAUCUUUGUAAAUGAUUGCCUCACAAUCAAACUUAAGCCAACUGAUAUAGAACUGAUAGACAAAAAAAAAACAAUUUACAACCAAAACAUCAGUUACUAUACCAUUUCUCAUCAUAAAGAAGAAACACAAACAACUUGAACACCAAUAAUCGACAAAUCAAAGAAGAAAACGCAGGGCUGGAAAAUUUAAUGUUUAUUUUGUUUUGAAGUUUUCAAACAAGUUUAAAAUCCAUAAUUUUCAAAAAUGAGCAAUUCAAGGAAGUUAUAAACAUAAAAAGGAAUACAAUAUUCAUUGAUAAAAGACACUGACACAAACUUGAUGAACGGCAGAGACAAAUCGUUAAAAGCUUUCAAGUGAGAUAAUUAUCCAGCUCCGAUGCUUUUUUUCCAAUUUGAGGUGACAUAAUUUGAACUGCGAAACCGAAUCAUUUAAUAUACAUUUAGUUGUGACAGAUGCUGUAGGAAAUCUAUUAUAUCCUGUUCACUCCUGCAGACAUUCUCAGAGGAGGGGAAAAUUAUGGAACUACAAUACUGACAGUGCCAAUUUACAAUUUAACUAGUCCAAAUAAUGAAAAUGGUAGUCUUCUAUUCAAAUCUACAAGACAUUAACGCAAAACAAUCAAGCCUCCAUUUCAAUCUCUGGCGACUUUACAGGAUGUUUGAGCAGCUGAAGUAAUUAAAGAAAAAAACAUGUGAUUAUUGAACUUUUUAAGGAAACAUGCAUUUAUCCCUUAGACAGCUGAUAAAAGGGAGAUUAAUUAUUAUUUUGCUGCUUGGAGUGAUAUUAUUCACUGGUAUUGAAAGUAGAAUGGAUUGGAAUGUUGAAUGUCCUUUGAAAUGUGCUUGCUAUAUCGGAAGAUUAGAUACAGAGAAUUUCAAACAAGUGAUGAAAAUUGUCAAUUGUACAAAUGCUGGACUUUUUUUAAUACCACAAAAUUUGUCUUCUUCCACCGAAGCUUUAAUUGUGGCGAGUAACUCAAUAAAAGAUCUCAAUCUUCCACCAAGGAUGCGGCAGCUGAAAUAUUUAGAUGCCUCAAAUAACAAGGUAACCAGUUUCGACAAACAAAUACAAAAACUGAUUCAAUUGAGAAAUCUUAAUCUACAUAGUAAUUUUAUUACUACUCUAAGAAAUGGACAAUUUUCAGGCUUGAAGUAUUUAAUAAACUUAGACUUAUCCAAGAACAAGUUACGUUACAUAGAGAAACAUGCUUUUGGAGGAUUAAACUAUGUGCAACGUCUUAAUUUAGAAGAUAAUAACUUGAAUAUACUUGAAAAUCAAUGGUUUGUUGGGAUGCCAUCUUUAAAAUGGCUAUAUUUGUCAAGAAAUGUUUUAAGAGAAUUGAGGAGUGGUGUAUUCGAUACAUCAAAUCAUCUUGACACUAUCAGCUUCACGGAAAACAAAAUACAAAAUAUUGAGAAUAAUGCUUUCUUUGGGCUAGAACAGCUAGCUACAUUGGAUCUUUCUAAUAACAAUAUUUUAUCUAUUCCAUCAAAAUCAUUUCUCAAGCUUCCAAAUUUAAAGAAACUGAAUUUUGAUGGCAAUCCAAUUUACAGGCUAGUGCAUGAAACAUUUUGUAAUUUAAACGUUUCCGUACUUUCUCUCAGUUACAUGCCACACCUUUCAGUUAUUGAGGAAGGAGCGUUUGCCAACUUAACCAAACUCAUAUCACUUCAACUUCAUGACAAUCAGAAACUUGUGUUCAUUGAUCCAAAUGCAUUUGAAAACAUUCCAAGUCUUCGAAAUUUAUAUAUUCACAAUAACCGCUUGAGAGUGCUUCCUCAUAAAAUAAUUCAAAGUCUGCCAUCAAUUAAAGUUUGUCAUUUUUACAGCAAUCUUUUGCAUUGUGACUGUAACAUUGACUGGAUGGUCAAUGACAUCAUGUCUAAAAAUCACACAUCAAUCAUGUAUGACGGGGCCAUGUUAAUAUGUUACACUCCUCCUAGCAGGUAUGGACUGCCAAUUGUCAGUCUUCCACGAACUAAUCAAACCCAAAACUGUGUUCCAUUGACGAUUCCUAUCUACGAUAAAAACUACGAAGUGAGUAUUGGUGAAGAGUUACGACUUGAAUGUCAUGCGACAGGUGUUCCUGAACCAAAUAUAACUUGGAUGUUACCCAAUGGAUCAAUGUUAUCUCAGAGCAUUAAAUACAAUAGAAUUGAAGUGAAAGAUAAGUUUAUACUAAUCGUCAGACAUUUACAAAAGUCUGACAGCGGAUUGUAUGCAUGUCAGGCUACGAACAGUGAAGGUUUUGAUAUAAGUGAAACAUUGGUCAAAGUAAUCAAUAAGCCUAUAAGAAUAAUUGCAUUACCAUCAACCCUAAAUUACAUUACAAUUACGUGGAAUGGUACAAAAUACUGGUCUAUGAUUUCCGAUUAUCAAAUACAUUACAGAGAAGCUAAGAGUAGAGUUAAUUAUAGGAUUGUUCAUCUCAGUCCGUAUUCAAGACGUUAUACAUUUUCUAAUUUAAAAUCCUAUACGAGUUAUGAAUUUUGUAUUGUCUAUGUCUAUUCUACCGAAGUGUAUCCAGUGGAUUGUAUCAAUGCUACGUCUGGAAAGGCAUUAGAUUAUCUUCCAGGAAUAACGUCGGUGAAUACUAAAGCAGUGGCUGCUGUAAUAACAAUAGUUGUUAUGAUUUUCAUAUUAGCAUGUGCCGUUAUGGUUGUUAGAAAAUUCAAGAGACGGAAGAGCUAUAAUAGCACUACUGAUGAAGAAGACACAUUUGUUACAACACAAAUUCCAUUAGAAAAUGUCUACCAGCCUAAUACCUAUAUGUGUUCUUCAAAAACUUCCUUAAUUAGAGCUCAAGAAUAAUAGAUCAGCUCAAAUCAUUCAAGUUACUUCAAAUAUUCAUUGCAGUCAUAUCUGAAUUCACCAUUAGGAUGAUUGCAAGUUGAUGUCAUAAUUAAGAAAAAUCACAUUAAAUUUCAUGUAAUGAUAUUCGUGUUCAUUCAGUCAUUAUUUGUUCAUAGCAAUUUAAAUGUUUGAAAGUUAAAUAUUUCAACGAAGCAGUCUAUAGAGAAACUUUAGAAACAUUGGACUUUUCUCUAUCUAUACACAUUGGGGCUACAAAUGGGAAUUAAUGUAUGCAGUACUGCGGUUUUUAAAUGAGUUGAUCUUUUAAAAGGGGUGAUUAAUACGUCCUAAUUGGAUGUAUUUUGUUAUACUUGCAUAAUAUUCAAAAAAUCAAAAAGCUAUUAUUCAUCUAUCAUUUUUUCAUUUUUUAAUGUAAUAAAAAAACAAAGAGCGAAUCAAAACUGGUCAGUAUUGAAAACAUUUAUAUAUAGGGCAUCAAAAUUAAAUUGUACAGUCAUGAUAAUAUAUAUCUUGCACAUAUUUUAACUGUUGUUAUAAUAGGAGUCAACUCUCUAGCAGAAAAUAAUAGGAAUACAUGUAUCAAUCUUUAUAACAAUGAAACCAAAUUAAACAGAUUUUCUUUCAUAGUUAUUUCUGGUUUAAUCAUGUCUGUUAUAGAAACUAAUGAAUAAAGAUCACAGUAAAAAAUGUGUGAGCUUCAACAAUACACAACAAGAAUAUUUUGGGUAAAUAUAUAGAAAUUGGAUAAAACACUAGCUUCAGUAUUUACUUUCUUAUUUUUGAUGACCUUGGUUAAGGGAGAUAACUCUAUAAACCAAUAAUGAAUAGAUAGUGUUUUUAAACAAUACUUUUAAACAUUUGUGUGAAACAGAAUAAAAAAAGGUCGUACAUUGACCUAUAAUGGUUUACUUUUAAAAAAAAUGUUAUUUGGAUGGAGAGUUGUCUCAUUGGCACUCACACCACAUCUUCCUAUAUCUAAUUACAAUAUAUUUAUGAAACUGGGUCACAAAAGCAAUACUAGUGACGGGAUUUAUCCAAUCACAUUAGAGUUAACCUUCUUCAAAGCACCUGCUUGAUUAUCAGGUUAUAGCAUCUACAUUUAUGUUUUGAAUUAUGAAAAGACAGAAUAUAACAGAAUAUGCAUGUAAAAAGGGAAAAUCAGAAUUCAGAUCAUAUCUUUACCACAAAAACUAUUCUAUUACAGCUUUUGACAAGAAUGGUGCAUGUAAAAUGAUAAAGGCAUCUGUAUAAUAUUUUGAUCCUGUCAACUAUUAUCAAUUCUUUAUAGCCCAAAAUGGAACUUAAUCCGAUUUUGUGUGACAUUUUGAAUAAUAACAAUUUUUCUCUUCUAUUUGUAACAAGCAGAAGUUACCUUUCAUAAAUAUAUACACAUUGUUGUACAAAUAUAUAAGGGAACAAGUGAUAAAGCCUAAAAUCUAAAAAAAAAUCCAGAACUAGUAUGUCAUUGUCAACUAAAAAAAGCAAAAGUAUAUAUAUCUGUAUAUACACAUGAAACAAUCUUAUGUGAUCAGAAUUUAAUUUUUGUUCACUUAAAAAAAGAAGUAGUUCAUAGAAUAAUGAGCAUUACCAGUGUUCCCUUCUGUUCUCUUUAUCCAUCUUCUAUUGAUGGUUUUAUACAAAAAUCAAAACUGUUAUAUAUAUUGAAUCUAGUCAAAAGCUCUUUAAGUUAUAAUUGUAUAUAUUUUUACACACAUGUUCUGCAUUGUAAUUUUAUAAUUAUUGUGUAAAUAAAAUUUAU